GCGAUCCGUUCGAACACAGUGAACCUGCAGCAGAGCAGAGAAGGUUCGUCGUUUCGACCUGUUGAGGGAUUUGAGAAGCCGUGAGGUAAACAUGUUGCCAAUAUGGUGCCUCCUGGUGCUGGCCCCUAUGACGUCGCUGGUUGGGGCCCAGCAUCAUCCAUCGUUGGAGACAGUGAAACAGUGGAACCUGCUGAGCUACAAUUUCCCCUGGGACUAUCCAACGUCUAACAAGGAUUUUUACAAUCCCGAGAACGUAGUGGCCACCGGAAUGGAGGUUGGCUACGAUCGCAUCUUCAUCGCUACUCCGCGCCUGUUUUCGGGUGUUCCUGCUACCCUUUCUUCGAUUUCGAGAGGAAGCUUGGGCGAUUCGCCAACCCUACAGGCUUAUCCCUCCUGGAGUCACCAUCGGGCAGGGACGAACGAGUACAACUGCUCUGAUAUCGGCCUUGUUUCGGUUUACCGAAUACGCAUUGAUUCGUGUAACCGUCUGUGGGCGCUGGACGCAGGUGUAUCGCGCUCGCUAGAAGACUUCGAUGUUACCUGUCCGCCGAAAAUAUUGGUGUACGAUCUGCACACCGAUCAGGUAGUGCGCCGGAUCGACUUUCCUCCCGAGGUGAUCCGCGGUGAAUCGCUUUACACGAACAUUAUCGUCGAUGAAACGACUUCGCGACCGCAAAACAACUGCGACGAUGUGUUCGUCUACAUUACGGAUACGGUUGCCCCGGGAAUUAUCGUGUAUGACAGUGCCAAGGAUCUUACCUGGCGUUUGUCUCAUCCGGCUAUGUAUCCCGAUCCUGACUUUGCCGAGUCCAGCAUCCUCGAGCAUCGCUUCACGCUGAUGGAUGGUGUGGUUGGGUUGGCCUUUGACCCCGAAACCGACACGCUCUACUUCCAACCGUUGGCCACGGAUCGUUUGUUCUCCGUAAGCACUUCUGCGUUACGAGCAGGUCCACUGCCGUUCGGUAAAGAUCUACCGGUGAAACUCGUGGGUCGUAAAUCAUCCCAAGGCAUAGGAUUAGCGGUAGCACCUCGUGGUGGAACGAUAUUUUAUUCCCCGCUGUCGGAGACGGCAGUCGCCUCCUGGAACCCGCGUACUAACGAGCAUAGUAUUCUGGCACAAGAUCAGGAGAAGAUCCAGUUUGCGGCUGAUCUUCGUACACCGGAUCGCGACGAAACUGCGCUGUAUGUGCUCACUUCCAAGUUCCAUCGGUUCUUCCUGAAAAACCUCGAUGCACAUGAGUUCAAUACCCGAAUUCUGCGUAUCGAUGGAGUAGUCCCGCCAUCCUCGGCUUCGCCCUCAGCAACACACCAACGGUUCACGUCAGGCAUAAACUAUGGUCCUAUUUCUGGGGCUUUUUACGAACCAUCACCCUCAACACCCACCAGUUCCUUUGGUGCACCAGUUGGCGCAUCAGGAGCCAAAACGUAUGCCUCAUUCGUACAGAACUUCUACGGCAAACGACCGUUCAGCUAUGAGCCCGUACCCAUCAUCGACAAGAGCAAGCCCGUGAAUCCCUUUUUCGUAUUGAACAGCGGGGAAAAAACAUUCCCACCGCCGCAUGUACCGAGACCACAGUUCGGUUUAAACGGUGAAAUAUUCAUACCGAAAAUCAACCAACAUUUCAACGACUUUAACGGACUGCGGUAUCCGAAAAGCAUACGGGCAAAUCUUACAGCUUCACCAUUCGCUUAGACUCGCACUUGCAUCUUAUUUCAUUUUGUAAAAACACACAUGAAGCACUUUACAGUUUCCUUAUCAUCUGUUAAACAUGUACAUAUAUUUUUUGCUUCGCUGAAUCAUUGAUCACCAUUUUCACACGAUUGAGUACUUAGCUUCUGGCACGCAUAGCACCAUGUCUACAUUGCUUAGAAAGCGCACCUACUCGGUUACAAGAGCCCAUCAGCCAGUGCAGUCACUGGGUAAAAUCAUUGGGCCACGGCAAAUCGCAACACUUUCGGGUCCUUUUUUAAACCUUCUCAUAUAGCCACGGUUCAGAAGAGAGAAGGAAAGGGAAAAAGGACUCGAGAGAUAAUUCGCUUAUCAUCACCCAAUGGAGUAGAUAUUUUGAAUCUCGAUAUUUAUCUCAUUCUCAUUCGUGCCCAUUCGUACCCAGGCCCAAUUCAUGCGUUAUUUCAUUAGGAAGGCGAGGGAAGUUAAUUAUCUGCCAUAAUCAGUUAUUGCAUUACGCGUUUUUGUUUGCAUUAAAGUCGCAUCCUGCACACAACGGACAGAACAUGGAUAAACCAUGCCCAGUUUAGACAGACAUAUUAACGCAACGCCAAUUGUUGCGCCAAAUUCUUGCAUUAUAAAACUCUGUGUUCGAUACAUCGAUCACGUGUGUAAGAUAUACGUGUUAAGAAUGCUAUCAUACUUAAAGAAGUCACGAAGAGUCGAGUUCAGCGUAUACCCGUACAUUAAACAAACUUCCUUGGCCACCGAAUAAUACUCAAAAUAGCAUCUGUAAUAUAGUAAAUCAUUGCAUAAUGUUCAAAUAGUAGAUAUAGGAGAAAUAAAUGCUCACUUCCGUUUAACCAUUUCGGCCAACAGAUAACGAAUUGGUUGAAUGGUAUAUACACGUAGAAAUAUCCCUCGUGUUGACCAUUCUUGAAUGUUUCGUUUCGUCGCUAUAUUGUUUAAAUAAAACGUCGUUGUUGGUAUAAUUUAAACUCUUAUUGGCAUUCAA